CACGCGCCACGCGCCAACACGCAACCAGGCUAGUCUACUACUCACACUGUUUGUUUGCACGGCAGGUGUUGGUUAGCCAUAACAAUAUUAACAAAUAAUUAAAUUACUGGAAAUGGCCACCAGUCAGGCAUGGAGGUUAAAACGCUAUGGGCGUUUCGUUCCAGGCUCUACAGGGGGAAAGCCUUGGAAGAUAUUUGAGGCUAAUGUCAAUAAACCUGAAAUUGUCCUCACCAUUGUGGAAUCUGGAUUCUUGCUGGUAAUGCAAGGACAGGAAAGCUUGGAUACAGUCCCUUUGCUCAGUGGAUCCAAUCUUCUCAAAGUACACCAGAAAUCUGAUAACCUUAUGUUUCGAUUUUCUGUGAAGGGAGAGAGCCGCAUGAUGAGGAUGCAGUUUGAUGGACGUAGCAGGGAAGAGGCUAUAAAGGAGUGUUCAACUGCUGUGGAAAAGCUGAUGGAGUACAUGCCUGUCACCAAUCAGGAGGACGCCAAAUUGCCUCCUAAUCAGUCGCCUGCUGAGGUCUCUGCAGCAGUGAUACAGACUUGGCAGGGAAAGGCCGUGGGAGUUGAGCCUGAGGUUAUCCAAGGAUCAUUGUCCAUCAAGCGUCUUAGCCAGCACAUAUUGGGAGAGACUGCUUUGACUCUGCCUCAAGUAUAUCGCCACAGUUCUUUGGCACAAGGUGACUUGGAGCCCAUCCUGCGUGUUUGUCUGCUGGAUCCCAGCUUUCCUGCAUAUGUGGAGAAGGUGGAAGGGGAGCUGAGGAAACUGCUUCAAGAGUGAAGAAUAUAAACAACAGCUGAUGGCAGAAAGACACAUGGAGCAGAAACACCGUAUUAAGGCAGCAAAGGUGCCCAGAAUUAUCAGCACAACUCCAACUAAGAAGAGCAUCA